UGCUUGCUGAUGCCUACCAACACUAUGUGCUCGUUGUGUUAGCUAUUGGAUAUAUUUCCUGUUAUUUAUUUGGGCAGAUGCUAAACGGAAACACACAAUGCAAAUUAUACAAGAAGAAACAAAGACUCUUUCAUGUAUUUCCCUUUAUUUAAUUAGUCCUCAUUUGAUUAAAACAUUUACAUACUUAAAUAUAGACAGUUUCACAACCACGCUCCGUCCCUGCACACACACAGCGACUGCGCAGAAAAGAUUGCACUGGUAUAAAGGUCCUGUUGGGGACACCGCUCCAAGCUCCAAGCUCCUGUCUGCUGAACACUCUGAAAGGACGAUCAGACUUGUUGAGACCGCUGGGAUGGAGAAGACUGCGCUGGUCCUGCUGUGUCUUGCAGGUUUUUGCAUGCCCGCUUCUAACCAGAUCAGAAAAUAUGUGUUUGUGGGAACUAAUAUGACCUGGUCUGAAGCUCAGAGCUACUGUAGAGAGAACCACAUAGACCUGGCCACUGUGCGCAGCCAGGAAGAAGCAGAGCAGCUCUUAAAACUUACAGGAUAUUCUCUCAGUGAAGCUGCCUGGAUUGGGCUGUAUCGUGAUGACACACAGAACUGGCAGUGGUCUAACAGCGAUGAUGUCAUCUACUCCAACUGGAUGGCAGACCUCUUCUGUGCUUCAGUCAGUUCAACAGGACAGUGGAAGGAUUUACUCUGCACUGGCAAGGAAGCUUUCAUGUGCUACAAUGAAACCAGCAACAUCACUGAGAGAUACACCCUGAUUACAUCAUCUAAAACCUGGACUGAAGCUCAGCAGUACUGUAGAGAACACUACACCGACCUCGUCAGUAUAAAGAGCGCCAGUGAAAAUGAAGACCUAGUGAAGAAAGCGCAGGGCAAGCCCUUCUGGAUAGGCCUGUUCAAUGAGCCCUGGAAGUGGUCACGCCAGGGGGAUAACUACACUUAUCGGAGCUGGUUCAACCGUGAUUCCAGCGGAGAACCAAACAAUAAAGAAGGCGAUGAGAAAUGUGUGGUGAUGAAUGAGAAAAGUGACUGGUAUGACACUUCGUGUAGCAACCUGUUUUGCUUCGUCUGCUGUUCAGGAGGAUACUCUGGUAAUUGCAGCUUUGAAGGAACUAAUGAAACUAAGACAUGGCAUAAAGCUCAGAGCCUCUGCAGAAACAAGAACAAAGACCUGGCCACCAUUGAAGACAAGGCCAAGAUGAAUAGUAUUUUAGGCAUCUUACCUGCAGUUACAUCCACCUGGAUCGGUCUGCAUCGUGACAAAGAGAACUGGCAGUGGUCCAAUGGAGAUGAGGUAAUCUACACCAACUGGAGACCAAAAUUCUUCUGUGCUUCAGUCAUGCCAAAAGGACAGUGGACAGAUUCAAUCUGCACAGAAUAUAAGCCUUUCAUGUGCUACAACGAGACCAGCAACAUCAUUGAGAGAUACACCCUGAUUACAUCAUCUAAAACCUGGACUGCAGCUCAGCAGUACUGUAGAGAACACCACACUGACCUCGUCAGUAUAAAGAGCGCCAGUGAAAAUGAAGACCUAGUGAAGAAAGCGCAGGGCAAGCCCUUCUGGAUAGGUCUGUUCAAUGAGCCCUGGAAAUGGUCACACCAGGGGGAUAACUACACAUUUCACAACUGGGCUUUUACACAACCAGACUGUCUUAGAGGGCAUCAGAAAUGUGUGAAUAUAGGUGUAAGGGAUAGUAAAUAUCAAUCUAGAGGUGAAUGGGAUGAUGUGGAUUGCAACAUGAAGCUCCCCUUCUUCUGCUUUGACGAUAAGAUGACAAUCAGAAGGGUCAAAUUGACCGCACCAAGAGGAAUGAAUCUUGAAGACCCCAAAGUGAGCGAAGCCAUUUUAGAGCAGAUUCGGGAGCACCUCUCCAAGACGUCUCAAAUGGGCGGUGUUAACUUGAGCUGGAGAAAAAAAGACGGAGAGAUUUUCCACGAGGAGGAGGAGGAGGAGGAGGAGAAGGAGGAGGAGGGGUGCCCCAAGCCCUGAGACGCUAAAUGGGGUUUCACGGCAUUUUGACACUCAUCGCUAGCAAAACAUAUAAUGAAGUAUCAGUAAAAUGCUGCUUUUUUUUUUUUUCUUAGUUUUGACAGACCAACUAUUUUUUGGUAGGUUACCUCAUACCUGAAACUAUCUUUUGAAACUUGGUUUAUUUUGGACAAGUUUAUUUCUCCAUAAUACACAGCUUGAUAGUAAUAUUGUACAUUUACAAAUGAAUCCUUGAGUUCAGGGGUUUGCCAGUAGCCUGUUCUUGACGACGUAUCCAUAGAAAGCAACAUUUCCAUGGAAGAAUCAGAAUUCCGAGUUCUCUGAAAGGCUACUGUAAAAGGCUUGUUCUAAGACAUUCAUUUUAAAUGGCAGGCUUUUAAAUUGUCUCUCUAAUGAUAUUAUAACAUGCUAUCUGUGACUGCUUGGUGUGAAUGUUAAUAAGUAAUCAAAGAUGAACCUGUUUCACUGUUCAUUGUCUGUCCCAUUAUAAAGUGCUAUUGCACUGUGAUUUCGCAUUUUCCCAUUCUUUUACUCUGUGUUUGUUCUGCUUAGUCUAUCAGGGUUUGUACAACCCUUCAUCACCUGUAACUGGAGUUUAUCAUUAGUGUCUUUGCUUAACCUGGAUUGAACUGUGUUUUGUUCCACUCUGCCAACUUUUACCACAAGAUACUGCACUUUAGACAGGUCAUAUCUGUCUCUUACAGUUAUGUUAUAAAGGCUUUGGCUUCUCCACUGUAUUGUUAAGGUCUGGACCAUGAAGUCAGAAGCCUCCUCCACUGCCCCCUUUCUCAGCUUAACUAUGCACUGCGUUUGUUCAGAAGUUAGGUAAGCAUGUGGGUAUGCCUAGGACAGCAAGCUUCUGCGUUUAAUAAACAGGCAGAUUGUACACACCAGCUUGAUUAUCAAGGGGGCAUUUUCAAAGCUUUUUUCAUCCAAAUGGCAAAGUGUGAAGGAAGCCCUAGUCUGACUUUAAAAAAGACAUUUCUGGAGAGCACUACAUUUUAUAUCUAUUAACAAAUGUUACCUAUAGAGAAUUUUAAUAAACUGAAGACUAGUGGGGGGGGGAUACUGUAUGUAGUUUCUAAUGUACUGGACUCUGCGCUCCAGGUAAGGUUGUGGGUCAUUGAGUAAUGUACUCUUUCCGAGACCAGAUAGGUGGCAAACGGUAUUUUCAAAAGUUCUAUUCUUAAGAUGCGCAAUGCCAUUUCAGGGUGCACGCUUCAUGAAAAUGCACUCGCAUUACAGCUUGUUAAGCAAUUGAAGUCUGUAAUUAGCUCUAACAAAUGGCUUCUUUCCUAAAUCGAUUUUUAAAGGAUUUUUUUUUUUUUUUACUUAGAACACAGAACCUUGCUUUUUAAUUAAUUUCGGAAAAUGGAAAUGCAAUCACUUUCUCACCACUUUACAGAAAACGUUAAUACAAUCUAAUCUAGAGCUCUAUCAAACAGUAUGCAUUCCACAUUAGUGAGAUGCUUGCUGUCAGUAUACAAGAGAAAUGUGUCAUUAAUAUUGUAUUAUAAUUACUGUGAUUUAAAAUCAAUUUCCUUUUCACAAUCCUAGUCACAAUAGUCACUACUGGUCCUGCUGUUUAGUUUAUCUUUCUGAGAUUGAAACAGCGAUAAUUUUCCUUGACUGAAAAAUAACCACUAGAGGGUGCAAAUCUGCCAUUUAUACCCCCUUACAAUCUAUACUACAGCAAAGUCGUAAUUGAAAAUUUUAGAAAUAAGGGAAGGGAGAAGAAAUUAUAGCUGCACCCCUUGUGGUCAGUUCUCAAACCAUCGCUUUUCAGAAAUAAAGCUUUUAGAAGUCUUUAGAAGCAGACUCCUUGGUUGAAAAAAGACAGUGAGUUAGUAAGCCUGGUAAAUUUUAAAAUAAUAAUAAAACACACACACACACACACACACACACACACACAGUGGACUAUGAAACAGGUAAGAAAUGAAAAGUUACGAAAGUGUAUCUGGGAUACAGUACGGCAAGACCAGGGCACUCGCUCAUAAGUGAUGGUCUGCUUUUCACUGUGGGUGAUGAUCUUUAUAAACAGGGGUCGCUGUUUAUCUGGAACCAGAAGCCAAACAGCCGGCUCUGCCUCAGCCCGAUUCACACCAGACGGGAGUUGUCUUGCUCAGACAGGUGUGCGGUGUAGCUCUGUUCCUUCUCCGAGACGAUGCUGGCAGCUGUCUGUGCUGAGCUCUCCUUCUCAAGAACCAGAUCCCGGACAUCUGAACACAAAGACAGCAUUCUAAAGUUGACUAGAAACCCCUUUCAUUCGCCCUAGUUUAUGGGCCUAACAGAAAAUUAGCUUUUUUUUUUUUUUUAACAACUGUAUAAACUUUCUUAUUGGAGAGAUACACUAUAUAUCUCCACAGUGUAUUUUUCUUUCGAAAUGUGUGUUGUUGAUUUGUGGUUAUUAAAUUUACCUCUGAUUUCAUCCCCAACUAUUAUCUUCCCUGACCGCAGCCAAACCAGCGCCUUGUUUUACACACAGAAACUCGAAGGAGAAUGUCAGCGAGGUACCGCCCUCUGGAGGACAAAGGCCAGCCCUGCAGGGGUCCGCCUGAGCUCACCAGGCACCUGGCGG